UGUCCCCGCUCCGGGCCGUGUCCCCGCUCCGUCACUCGCGGCCCCUCUGGGCCCCGCGGGGUCGGGGAAGGUCCGCGCAGCCUGCGCUCGACUCCAGCUGUCGGAAGGCUUGUCCUGGCCGCUAGAAGGGAUCGCUGUUCCGUAGCGCAUCGUUUGGUUUGUACAGGCGCCUAAAGAUGAACGCCAAGACGGCCAUAGAUCGAAUUAUGGGCAAGGGGGGGCUGAAGUCGGGCAACUCCAGAGCUGACAGCGGGCUCGAGAAGGGUAAGCAGGAGGGCGCUGCCCCGCGGAAAUCCAUGGAGGAGGUGGCGGCAGGCAGAGUGACGGAGCCGGAGAGGAGCGGGCUCCUGCAGAAAAUACUUUCCCUUGAGAAAGAAAAAGAAAAAUACAAUCACCUUCUUGGAGAGAAGGACAAAGAAAUCCAAAACCUGAAAAACAAGCUCAGGUCCAAAACCAAGAACAGUGAAGUCUCCUUACUACAAAAUCAGCUAGAGGAAAAAACAAAGGAAGCAGAAAAGAGAGAACAGCUACUUUGUUCUCUAUCAGAAGAAAUGAACCGGUUAAAAUGUAAUUUAUCUGCAGCCAUGGCAAAAUGCUCUGAUCUUGAGAACAAAACCAGUAGUACUUCUCAGGCAGCCCAGGAAGGUGCAACAAACAGCACUGAAGUUGAAAGACAAUUGAAAGAUGCUCUUGAGAAAAACCAGCAGUGGCUACUGUAUGACCAGCAACGGGAAGCAUAUGUCAGGGGAUUGCUUGGAAGGAUCUUUGAACUUGAACAGAAGACAGAAAUAGUUAGCCGGCAAGAACCUAGAUCAAAUUCAGAAGGUCAUCUACAAAGGGAAAAGCAAGAAUACCAUGACCAGCUGUUACUAGCUGCUAGGAAUGAUCAUGAGACUGAAAGACGCACUAUAACCCAGCUGAGAUUUGAACUUGAUGAACUUAAAAAGACAUAUGAAGAAACACAAGGGGAAAUGAUGAGUUUAAAUGCCUUAUUGCAGUCACAACGGGUUGCUGAAUUGAAGACUCAAGAAAAUGAAAAUAAAAUGAAAGAGGAAGCACAAAGACUAAAAGAAGAAAAUGAAACUAUCAAAGAACAGCUCAGAGAAGAAAAAGAAAAGUCUGAGGAACUUUUAUGUCAGGUGCAACUUCUUCGUAAAUCAUUGCUCAGACAGGAGGCGGAACACACAAGAAUAGCUUUGUUGGAACAACAGUUUUUCACUUUGUUGGGCUGCCAGAUCCAGAUAUGCACCACGGACUUAGAGAAUGGAAAGCUUGACCGCCAGAACUUGAAGCAUGAGUUAAACCAUGUUCUCAAGGAGUUGCGCAAGGCCAAGGAGAAAAUAACCCGUCUGGAGCCUCUGAAACUCCGAGAAUCUGGACAUAUGGAAUCACAAGAAGAUUUGCAAGCUGUAUUUGACAAGAAGCUGACCACAUAUGACAGAAGUCCUCCCCUGAAACAUUCCAGCUGCCUUGAUGAAAGUUUUCUCGAGUGUCCCAGAUGUAAAGUGCCAUAUCCAACGAGCCAGCAUAGAGAAUUACUAGCACACAUUGACUUCUGUACAGCUUGAGCUCCAAAUGAACUUACUAUCUUUGCUUCAUAUAUGCUGCCAAUAUGCUUGGCAAAAGAUCUUUUAAAGCUUAUUUCUUACAGUUGUAUAAAUGACAAAACGAUAAUUCAGUUCCACACAAACAGUAUUAACAUUAUAAUUUGGCCUCAGUAUUUUACCUCAUGUUUUUGAAAAACAGCUCCUGCAUUUUCUAGUUGCAAACAGAAAUAUUUUUAGAAUUAGGAAUAUUUUAAAUAGUAAACUACUGGCCUUUUUUUUUUUUUUUCUUUUUGCACUAUUAAAUGUAAGAAUAGUAAAAGCACAAUUAUUGUGUCAGACUAUAUUUUAGUUUUGGCAUACCCAGUUCUUGGUUGUUGAAUCCUGAUGAUUGUGCUUGUACCUUAACUGACAAGAAUAGCUGCAAAAGAUUUUUGGCCCUCAAAGGUGCACUAUAUAUAUAUCUAUCUAUAUAUAUAUAUAUUUAUUUAUACAUGGUGUGUGUACAUAUGUGUAGUGUGUAGAGUAUAUACAUACAUCUGUUAUAUAUAUGUGGAAUAGAUCAACAUCUUGAUACAUAAAAACUCAGGAGGGCCAUGUUAGAUCUUUGCUGCUUAAGACUGAUGGUCAAAACAUCAAUCUGAAGUAGCUGAUUAUCCAGAACCACCAUCAGGGGUGGCUAAAUUGUUGACCAAGGUUUAAUCUCAGAAAAACCAACUUCCUGGUAAACAUAAACUUCCUUGGUGCCGAAGAAAGAUUAUAUUUCAGAGAAUGUCAGAGGCCAUUUUUGAAUUUUGGGUAUAUAAUUACUCUGAAUUAAACUUGUUUUGCUUCCGUAUUUUAGAGGUUAAAGUUGAGAAAUGUCAGUUAUUCAACCUUAGAUUUGACAAAUGUCCCAAAGUGCAGUUUUCAACAAAUUGCUCUAGUGGAUUUGAAGUGUUGCUGUAUUUUGGUAUUAAUACAAAACACAAGUUAAUGUCAAAUUCUGGCAACAAAUUAGAAACUGGCAAAAAAAAAUCCCUGAUGGAUUUACAAUUGCAAAUUGCAAUCUCUAGCACCUACUGUAAGUUUGAAUGGAUUGUGAGCAUUUUGUUCCUUGCAUAUGUAGUGAAGUCCCAACAGGAAGUUGCUUCAUGGAAAUUAUUCAAAUGUGGAAAUUUUGCAAAGAUACACUAGUUAAGAAUAAAUUUGCACAUUUUACAAGUUUGUGGUUUGCUGAGGACACACAAGUACCCAAGGUGUAUGUUUCUCUGGCCUGCUGAUUCUGAUUGCUAGCUGGUAUCAGCUUUCUCCAUUUGCUUUAUUGCAAAACUGCACGCAUUUACCCCAUAAUGUUCACCUUAAUCCCUGAUGUUACAUUUUUAUUCUUAAAUAUGAAGGUGUUUUCCUAUUUGUUGAAAAUAACUGAUAGUAUCGAGUGAUGUUAUUCUCAAUUAAAUCCAG